AUACAUCUAAAUAUAAAUGAUUUUUACGUUGUUACUACUAAUUUAGAAAAUAAAUGCAGAUUGUAUUUCUAAUUAAUUCUUAACAUUUCCAAAAUAAGCUGAAUUAGUUUAUGUAAAUUUAACAAUAAUAAUGAUUAGGCAGUGAAGAGAAUUUCAAUAAAAAUAGAAGGAGAAUAUAUAAUUGGUUAUGGAAAUGAGUAUGAAGUGAAAGAUAAAUCUAAAAUAAAAUUAAAGUAAGUACCAUCUGGAAUAAUUUUUGAACCUUCUAAUUUUGAAAUAUACUGUCCAGCAAUUCAUUAAUUAUAGAAAAAGGAUAGUAUAAAAUGUGAAAUUUAGCUGAAUAUGGAAGAAGGAGAAGCUAGUUUAACUCAACAGAAGGCUAAAUUUAUUAUUCCUAUAGAAGUGGAUAAAGAUAUGAAAUCAAAUCCAGUUUUUGAAAUAGAAAAUAAUUUUUAGAUGAGAUUGAUGGAUUUGGCAUAAUAAUUAUAAAAAUUAGCAUAUUAUCUAGAAUAUGAGAAUUGUGACACUAUUGUCUAUAUAAUUCCAAAACCUUUAUCGAUAUCUAUAGAUCAAAUAACUUUACUGCAAAAAUAUUCAAAAUCAAUACCUGAAGGAGCUUCAACAGAAGAGAUAUCAGAGUCUAAUAAAGGUGAAUUGUAUGUUGAAAAUCUCUCUUUAGAUACUAAUUCAAGUAAUCAACAUUAUGGUUUAAUCGCGAUUGUAAUUGGAUUAACGGCUUUGAUAAUCAUCAGAGUUUUUACGUAAAAAUAAAUUCUAAUUUUACAAGUAAAAAAAAGGAGUAAUAGAGCAAUCCAGAUAAUUAACCAUUAAAUUAGCAGGAACUAUAAAAUUUAACAUGAUUUUAUAAAAAAAAUAGAG